UCUGCCUCCACCAACAUGGCGUCUGCAACAGCUAGGCGUCGUUUCCAAGGCAACACACGCAACGUCUGCUGGGUAGAGGCGGGGCCUAUCCGUGCUAUGGCCAAUAAGGUUGCAGAUCUGUCAGAGGAGCGGACCACUAGCAUUCGUAGUUUGGGAGCGGGAAUCCGUGACGGGAUGGAGGGGAAUGCGCAGCGGCUUUUGGAUUCGCUCUCAAACACCCCUUAUCUGGAUGUGCGGCGUAAAGAGGAAGGCGAUGGCGAGAUCCCAGCGAAUGUCCUGGUGGAGUAUUCCAUGGGGAGACGCAGGAAGCAGAAGAUGCUGGGCAGCCAACUGCAAGUCCUGCGCUUCCUUCUAGAGUUCCUGCAAGAAGCAGACACUGCCAACUGGGAAGACACUAGCCCCGAGAUCCUGAAUCAAGAGGUAGAAGAGGUAAAAAAGAAGUGGAAGUCUCUUAAAUGUGAGUACCAGGAGAAGGUGGUUGAGGUAGAGGAGACUAUCCCACUGCUCCUGGAGAAGAUUCAGCUUAUACAUGACAAGAAGACUGAGCUGGAGGAAGCUCUGCACCGGUACCAGGCUCAGAAAGUGAUUGCAGAGGAGAAGGCGAAGGAGAGACAGCAGCAUUUGCAGGAAGUUUUCCAAAAGCAGCAGCUGGUGGUACAGAAAUGUCAGAUCCAGAUAGAGCAGCUGAAGGGGGAGAUACAGAAACUGGAGCAGUCGGUGGAGUGCUGGAUACAGGCUGUGCACAGCGACUCCACACUUGCAGGUCUCCUAAAUAAUCUGGAGGGAGUGACACUGGUCUCGGCUGAGGAGAAGGAACUUGUUCUAGAUUUAAAUGUCUGUAAGGAAACGGAGAUCUCUCCAUUACGAGUCACCCUGCACUGGACAUCUGAGGAAGAAAUUAAGGUGGAGACAGAAGACCCAAUGCCAAGGCUACCCACAGAACUGCAAUGCGGAGCUACAUCUCAUAUCAUUCCCAUCAUCCUGGAGCUGCAGUCUUGGUACCAGAGCCAUGCCAGACUACUGAAGGAGAUGAAAGACCUGCAAGAGCGGUUCACCAUUGACUGGCUCCCAACGCAGAUGAAGCUUCUGUUUUUUAAAGGGGAUAAGCAGCAUACCCUGGUGAUUGAGCCUGGAUACCCGAUGAGCGGAGGCGUCCGACUGCUGUCUGGGAAGGGAGCAGAACCAUGUAACACCGCAGACAACUUCAAGCCUCCUGUUGAGAACCCAUCAGUAAGCGACUGGCUUGAAUACCUACAGAGCUCCCCGGAGUCCAGCACCUGAUAACCUCCCCGGAAUACAUCAGAAUCAGCACUUUAUAGAGAUUUCUGUACCAUAACAUCACUAAUGGCCCAGGCCUCGAAUCAGGAGUCCAAGGUUCUUCUUCACUCUGUAUCACUAGUAGCUGGAAGAUCUGACGUUACGGCGCAUAUAAAGGCUCUUGUCUCAUUUAUCGCUUCAAUAAAUCUCAUUUGGCUUUCCACAGACUGAGCAGAACAGCACAACUGGGCAGUAAGAUGGCCGAUCUGCUCCCAGUGCAUUGUUCUGCUUCAGAAAACACAAGGAGCGGGAGGGCAAGGGUUUUAUUGACACAGGUUGCGCCAGCUUUCCUGACCCAUAAUGGAACCUGUGCCAGGCAGAACUUUCAUGGCCCAUGUUACACACACAAUUCGCCUGGAUGAUCAAACAGCAUGUGACCACUCAGCUGAUUUCCUUAGUUCAUUACUACAGCGGCCCCCCAUUAAAAAAAAAAAAAAAAAAGUGUGAAUUUGACUGACACGUAGGAUUUAAUCCAGCACCGGGGAGCGAUCUCGCACAAAUUGGAUUACAGGUUGUAAAGAUGGAGGAGGUGAAGGCUGAGAUUAAAUCCACACGCACUUCACAUAAGAGAAAGCAACCCCCUCGGGGGAGAUGUGCCUCUUCUGAUGAAAGCGUUUGGAGUAUUCCCAAUCCCGAUUAUUACGGAAUUAGUGAACCAGUUUUUCCUUCUUUUGUCACUGAUCGGCCUCUGUUUUAUUGCUUUACUUUAUUGCUGCAUUCCCGGUCUGGACUAAUUCAAUAAAAGAAGAAUAAAAUGCAGUAGAUAGGGGCGGAUAACUGUGUAUAGAUGUAGCACGGUGUCAAAUUGCAGUGAUUUAUACAAGGCUAUAGCUUAGCACAGUGUUUCACCAACCAGGGUGCCUCCAGCUGUUGCAAAACUACAACUCCCAGCAUGCCCGGACAGCCAACGGCUGUCCGGGCAUGCUGCGAGUUGUAGUUUUGCAACAGCUGUAGACACACUGGGCAACACUGCCCUAUGGUAUAGUAAAUGUGAGAGUUUCUGUCAGGUUUUUGGAGCAUCCUGGGAGUUGUAGUUUUGCAACAGCUGAAGGCAUCCUGGUUGCUAAAACUCUGAUGUAGAGAUUUUUGUGCUUACCUGUUUUAGCUGAUGUGGCAGGCACGGGAUAGACUCAAUUUUGAAUGUAAACUCCUUACAUCCCUUGAAUCCUCUAGCCUUGCAGAAAGAGGGUGUGGUGUCUCAUGCUGGGAGUUGUAGUUAGGUAGGAAAAAUAAUGUAGCCGUGUUAUAGUUGCGUAAAACCAGCCUGAGGCCUCCAUAACCUAUUUAUUUUUUGUUUAAAAAAACUAAAACAAACAAUAAUUAAAAUUUAAUUUUGGUUUUAAAUGCAUGUGUUAAUUUGUUACGUUUGCUUCAUUAUUUUUUUUAGUCAUAUAAAAAUAAUAAAAAAAAAAAAAAACUAUGGGGAAAAUAUUGAAAAGAAAUAAAUAAUAAUUAUAAAAAAAAAACUCCACAAGCUUUAUGCUACUAUUUUUCUUUCAGUAACAAAUGAACAACCCAAAAUAACAUUUGAUUACUAUUGGUUUUAACCGGGACCUAAAUGUACUGUACAUUUUACAAUAAAAUAUUUUGUCUGUGUUUAAAUCG